CCUCCUCUCCCCUCCCUGCUCCUUCGCUUCUCCUCCUCCUCCUCUCCCGGCCCCGGCUGCCAGCACCAUGUCCGCAGGGGGAGAUUUUGGGAACCCACUGAGAAAAUUCAAGUUGGUGUUCCUGGGGGAGCAGAGCGUCGGGAAGACGUCUCUGAUCACUCGGUUCAUGUACGACAGCUUCGACAACACGUACCAGGCAACCAUUGGGAUUGACUUCUUGUCAAAAACCAUGUACUUGGAGGAUCGUACGGUGCGGCUGCAGCUCUGGGACACAGCCGGCCAGGAGAGGUUCCGCAGCCUGAUCCCCAGCUACAUCCGGGACUCCACGGUGGCUGUGGUGGUGUACGACAUCACAAAUCUCAACUCCUUCCAACAGACCUCUAAGUGGAUCGAUGAUGUCAGGACAGAGAGAGGCAGCGACGUCAUCAUCAUGCUGGUGGGCAACAAGACGGACCUAGCCGAUAAGAGGCAGAUAACCAUCGAGGAGGGGGAGCAGCGCGCCAAAGAACUGAGCGUCAUGUUCAUCGAGACCAGUGCGAAGACCGGCUACAAUGUGAAGCAGCUCUUCCGACGUGUGGCAUCGGCUCUGCCUGGAAUGGAGAAUGUCCAAGAGAAAAGCAAAGAAGGGAUGAUCGACAUCAAGCUGGACAAAGCCCAGGAGCCCCCGGCCAGCGAGGGCGGCUGCUCCUGCUAAUGCAGCCUGACCUGCCGGCUUCCUUCGACACUACUCGCUUGUUGUGUUGCUUCCUAUUGGUUAGCUUCCUAAAGGGGGGGUGGGAAACGAGCUUAUCAAGAGGGGAGGAUUUUUCUUUUCUCUCUGUCUCUAGGAGU